AUGAAUUUAUUACCGAAAGCAGCUGAUGAAUUUCGUAGUCGUGACUAUUGGGACCAAUUUUUCGAUAAAGUUGGCCGCGAAGCUUUUGAAUGGUAUUCAGAUUUUAUUGAUUUAGCAAAUGUACUCUGCAAGUAUAUUAAGUCUCGUGAUGAUGUUUUAAUUAUUGGUUGUGGUAAUUCAACAUUAAGUAGUGAUCUCUAUGAUACGGGUAUUGAACAAAUAACAAAUAUUGAUUUAUCGGAAAAAGUUGUAAAACAAAUGAAAAAACAAAACGAGAAAAAACGUGCUAAUAUGAAAUGGUUACCGAUGGAUGCUCGACAAAUGACAUUUGACGAUAAUCAAUUUAGUGUUGUAUUAGAUAAAGGAACUGUUGAUGCUUUGAUGUCGAAUAAAAGUGAACAAGUUGUGUCAGAUAUUGACCAAAUUCUAAAUCAAGUCGAUCGUGUUCUUCGUAUGACAGGUCGUUUUAUAUGUAUUACACUUGCUCAAAAACAUAUUCUUGAACAUAUAUCACAACAUUUUUUCAAUAGCAAAUCAUGGCUUCUUCGAUAUCAUCAUAUUCAAACUAGUAAAUCAUUUGCAUUGCCCGUGUUUGCAUUUGUUUUUACGAAAAUUACAAUGAAAACUCCGUUAAUCGAAAUUCAAUUAUACAAUGAUGCAGAUAACAAUUGGCUUCGAUUUAAUGAUUUAACCAAAGCACUCAAUGCUAUUAAACAAUGUCAAAUGACGUGUUUUAGAAAAUAUGAUUUCAAACAAAAAUUUGUAGCUGGUAGUGAAACGCCUGUUAUAGAUUUAUACGCAGAAAAUAAUCAAAACAAUCGACGAUAUCAAAUGAUUGUUGUUAACAGUGUUACAAAAUACAGAAAUAAGCCAUUCGCUGCAUUUAUAGUGCCUAAAUCAAGAAAUCUUGAUUGGCUCUAUUCAACACCGGCUGGUCGACAACAAAUUAUCGCUAAUGCUAAAUAUACAACAGUAGCAUUUAUAUAUUUACAAUCGGAUGAAGAAUAUCGUGAUCUAGAACAAGUUAAAUCUGAAAUGACAAAUGCUGUUCUUGAUUUCAAACCGGUUUAUCUAUCAGAUAAUCUUCAGAUUCCUUUCUUAUCGUCAUCAGAAGGCAUUGGACAAGUGGUAGUUUGUGAACGAUCAGCAUCGUUUAUCAUUGAAGAUUGUCGGUAUGGAAGCGAUAAUGAAUGGAAGCGACGUCUUCGUUUUGAUUCUAAUCCAAAUCUUAUUCAAAGUGAAAUCAAUUUAAUGUCAAAUAAAACAACAAAUGAUCUCGUACCUGAUUAUUCCACGUUGGAGGAUGAUUAUCAUGGAGUUAUUGUCACUGGUUUGAAAACUCAUUUUCUAGCAACUGAGAAUGCUCAACUCACUGAUAAUUGGCUUCUUGUUGGUCUUGGCGGUGGUGUAUUAACAAUGAAAUUAAUACGAAGCUUUCCAAAAGUACACUUGACAGGCAUUGAUAUUGAUAGUGAAAUGGUUCGUAUAGCUAAAACAUGGUUUGGUCUUGAUGAUACUUUAACAACAUGUAUUGUUGAUGAUGGUAUUAAAUAUCUUCAAAAACAAGUAGAAGAAAAAAAAAUAUAUGAUGUGAUUAUAUUCGAUGUCAAUAAUGAUGAUACUCAAAGUCCACUUCGUUGUCCACAUCCAGCAUUUCUUGACGAUGAAAUAUUAAAAAAUGUGAAAACAUUACUUUCCGUUCAUUCCGGUGUAUUUGUAUUGAAUUUUGCUUCACGUGAUGAUACAAGUCAAGAUCGUGAAAACUGCUUGAAACAUUUAUUACCGAAUUUUGAUCAUCUAUCAUCAAUUAAAUUAGAUGAUGAUAUUAAUGAAAUAAUGUUUGCUAGUCAACAAAUAUUAUCAUUAAAUUUGAAAUCGAAAGAAAAAUUGUCUCAACAAAAUCUAUCAAUUGAUUUUGAUGUUGAAGAAUUAUUAUCGAAAAUGAUAGAUAGAAAUACAGCGAAUAACAAUAGUUAUGUCGCCGAUGUUAAGGUCGUGGAUGUUGACAAGAGAUAUAGACCCGGACCAAAACAUUACGUAUAUGUUAUUCAAGUAACGUGGUCAAAUCCUUCAAAUACAUUUAUUAUUUACCGGCGUUAUGCUCAAUUUUUUGCUCUGCAAUGUCAGCUACUUGAUCUAUUUGCUGAAGCUCCAUCGCCAUCGAAUAAUUUUAAUACGAAAGAUCGACUUAUCCCGUUUCUGCCUGGAAAAAUUUUUCUUGGCCGAAGUCAAAUACGGCAAGUUGCAUUGGAAAGACGACAUGCUCUUGAUAUAUAUUGUCGGACAUUAAUUGCUUUACCGGAACGUAUAUCUCGAUCUCGUUGUGUGCUUGAAUUUUUUCGUCCAUUACCAACGGAUGUACAAAGCAUGGCCUUAUCUCCUAUUCCUGAUAAAAAAUCAGCUGCUAACAAACCAAUGACAAUAAGUGCACCAGCAAAGCUAGCAACUUAUCGAUGUGUAGAUAGGUUUGUAGCACAAGAAAACACAGAAAUGUCCUUAGAACGUGGUAGUCUUGUUCAAGUUAUUCAUAAACAUCUAAAUGGUUGGUGGUUUGUUCAACAGGGUGAUCGAACUGGCUUUGCACCAGGAGCUUUUCUCGAGUCAAAUGAAUAUCAACGAAAUGCUAUUGAACGCAAUGCACUUCCAAAAUCUUCGAGUGAAACAUAUGUUGUUAAUAACUCGUACACAGCAAAAGAUCGAGAAGAACUUUCCUUAGAACAAGGAUCAUUUGUCACUGUUCUUGAAAAAUCAUAUACUGGAUGGUGGAUAGUGAACUUUAAAAAUCAAACGGGACAAUUUCCAGCAAUCUAUUUAACAUCAUGCAAAGGACGAGCUGUUCCAACAAGAACUACCGAAGUCGAACCGAAUAUUUCACCAAAUGGAUUGAACCAACGAUUGAGUAGUUUGAAUAGUUAUGAACACAAUGAACAUCAAGAAUAUCCAACCCAUAGUCAAUCAGAAAUAUUUUAUGUUCAUUCUGAUUUUAUCGACAAAAUCGGCGAUUGUGUAUCAUUACAACGUGGAGAUACGGUUGAAAUACAUGAAAAACAUUCGAGUGGUUGGUGGCUUGGAAGACGCCUAAAAGAUGAUUAUAUUCUCACUUGGAUUCCAUCAGCAUUUUUACAAAAAGAACCGCUGGCUGAUUCAUAUAUGGAUAAUACAGAUGAUACAACGAAACACUUAAAUUCAAAUCUUUAUUUAAAUAUUGCCACUGAAGAAGAGCAACAGCAGACCGCAGCACCGUUAGACAACAUUUACCAAAAUAUAGGAAACGACGUAUCGAUGAGUGCUGUGCAUUCAGAAAUGCGAAAUAAUAAACAACAACCAAUUGUAAUUAAACAGUUUAGUUUACCUUCAAAUAGCAACGAAGAAAAUUCUACUAAAGUAUCAGUACGAGAUCUUGUCAGCAAAUUUAAUCGAAAAUGA